UGACUGGGACAAGUAUUUGAAAGAGACUGGGUCUGUAAGUGCUCCUUCAGAAUGUUUCAGACAGUCUAAGAUACCACCAACUAAUGAAUUCCAAAUUGGUAUGAAGUUGGAAGCCCGUGACCCUCGCAAUAUCGAUUCAGUGUGUGUUGCUUCGGUCAUUGGCAUUACUGGAGCCAGAUUGCGUCUACGGCUGGAUGGUUGUGACAAUAAGAAUGAUUUUUGGAGACUUGUGGAUUCAUCAGACAUACAGCCUGUUGGGACAUGUGAACAAGGAGGAGAUUUGCUUCAGCCUCCACUGGGGUGCAGAAUGGGUUCUUCUUCAUGGUCCAUGUUCUUACUACGUGUCCUAACUGGAUCUGAACUGGCACCUGCAGUGUUCUUUAAGAAGGAACCACCACGUCCACCCCAAAAUAAUUUUGUAGUUGGGAUGAAGAUUGAAGCUAUCGAUAGAAAAAAUCCAUUUAUGAUCUGUCCUGCCACAAUUGGAGCUGUCUAUGGAGAUGAAAUUCAUAUUAAUUUUGAUGGAUGGAGUGGAAAAUUUGAUUAUUGGUGCAGCUAUGACUCCCGAGAUAUCUUUCCAGUUGGAUGGUGUCGCCUCACAGGAGAUGUAUUGCAGCCACCAGGAAAAAUUGUUCCAAAAAGACCAAGGAAAAAACCAACGACCAGACAAUGGAGAUUAAGAAACGCUCUUUUGGGAAAUACAGAAGCAGCCCCAGAAGCUGCAGAAAAACCUGGGUGCAGUGUAUUCACCAGCACUUUGGGGGAUGAAGACAGAACUUUGAAAGAUGACCAAGCAGCCCCAGCUGAGAAAAAACCCAGGGGCAGAGUAUUUACCAAACCUUUGGAAGAUGAAGCUGGACCAGUGAGAGAUGUCCAAGUAGCCCCAGCUGAGAAAAAAUGCAAGGGCAAAACAGUCACCACUCCUUGGACUGGCCAACCCAGUCUCUUUGCAGAUCAAGGAGCAGCCCCAGCUGAGAAAAAACAGAAGGGCAAAACAGUCACCACACCUUGGACUGACCAGCCCAGACUGUUUGCAGAUCAAGGAGCAGCCCCAGCUGAGAAAAAACGCAAGGUCAAAACAGUCACCACACCUUGGACUGACCAACCCAGACUUUUUGUAGAUCAAGGAGCAGCCCCAGCUGAGAAAAAACGCAAGGGCAAAACAGUCACCACUUCUUGGGCUGGCCAACCCAGUCUCUUUGCAGAUCAAGGAGCAGCCCCAGCUGAGACAAAAUGCAAGGGCAAAACAGUCACCACUUCUUGGGCUGGCCAACCCAGUCUCUUUGCAGAUCAAGGAGCAGCCCCAGCUGAGAAAAAACGCAAGGGCAAAACAGUCACCACACCUUGGGCUGGCCAACCCAGUCUCUUUGCAGAUCAAGGAGCAGCCCCGGCUGAGAAAAAACCCAAGGGCAAAAGAGUCACCAAACAUCGGAAAGACCAAGCCCAGUUUUUAGCAGAUGAAGAAGCAAUGCCAGCUCUUAGUGUGAGUAGUACAGAGACAACACUACCUUCUUCCUCUGAACAACCAAAUUCUUCUACCUCCAAAGGGGCUCAAUCUUCAAGGAAGUCUCCACGAAAAACAAGUGUUGUGCAACCAGUACCAAAGACCAGAAAGAAAUCAGGACAAACUAAGUCUACUGGAGAUACUUCGUCCACUAAGAAGGGCAUUACUAUUAAAAUUGUCCUACCAAAGAAAAGAGGUGGAAAGUCUGGAAAAAAGGAAAAAAGUAUUCCAGUUGUUUCUUCUACAUCUUCAGCUUCUUUAAGUUCACCAAUGAGAAGUUCUUCAUCUAAUAAGACUUCUGCAGGGCCCUCUGAAAUAGUGAUGUCUACAAUCUGUGUGUAUAUAAAUAAACAUGGAGAUUCUGGCCCCUACCUGGAUCCACAGAAGGUUCAGCAGCUACCUGACCACUUCGGCCCAGGCCCUGUGAAUGUGAUUCUCCGGCAGACUGUGCAGGCCUGUGUGGAUAGUGCCUUUCAGGCCAAGACUGUCUUUCUACUUCUUAAGCCAGAUAAUAGGGGAGGAGAAAUGAUAACUGCCUUCUUCGAUGGGAAAGUUCAUACUGUUCAUCUCCCUCCAGUGAACAGUGCAUCAUUUGCACUUCACUUUCUUGAAAAUUUCUGCCGCAGCAUGCAGUGUGAUAAUUUUUUGAGUAGCCAGCCUUUCAGACGUAAGGCUCAUACCUCAACUGCAGGCAUUGAUCAAAGCAAACCAGGAAACGAGGAACAAAGGGGAACCUUCAAACGAUUGUCUCUGGAACCUCAACCUUCUGCUGUCUCAUCUAAGAUUCCCAGAAAGUCUGGGCGAGCCUCUAAAGCUUCAAGUUAUAUAGCUGUACCUGACCCCAGUGUCCUGAAACAAGGCUUCUGUAAGGACCCUUCAACCUGGUCUGUGGAUGAAGUGAUACAGUUUAUGAAACAUACAGAUCCUCACAUAUCAGGCCCCCUCGCCGACCUCUUCAGGCAACAUGAAAUUGAUGGGAAAGCUUUGCUACUACUGAAGAGUGAGCUGCUGAUGAAGUAUAUGGGGCUAAAACUAGGACCAGCAUUAAAACUAUGUUACUACAUUGAAAAACUUAAAGAAGUAAAACAUAUUUGA